ACACACACACACAGAUUCAGACAAGCAUUCACGCAUAUAUGCAACACAUAUUAUCAAUGCUCAAGUCACUCAUCUCACUCAACCACUCAACAUGAUUGUGUUGGCUCUGCAGCUUUUGGGAUUUGCCCUAAAUGUGUGGGCCAAAAGCCAAAGCGAGGUGGACAUGGACGUCGAGAUGGAGGUAGAGAGGAAUGUCACAGGUGUCCUGGGGGAAGAGGUGGUGUUGCGGUGCCAGUACACAGGCCAGGAGGAGAUCAUCGUGUCCUCCUGGGACCUGAAAGAGGGCCUCAAGAGUAUGCGACUGGUUGGUUGGAUAAAUGGGCCUUUAGCAAAGAACACAGACUUCAGCCUACCUGCCUCCGCUAGCAACCUGACCGUGACCAUGCGGGUCAGCAGUCUGGAGGCUGAGAGGGAGUACUGGUGCAACUUCAUCACUAUGGUAAACUCAUUGGAAAGCGAUGUCUUCCUCACCGUACUGGUUCGGCCCGAUGUUCAGACAAAUGUGGAAGAGACGGUGGAGAACGGAACGCAGUAUCAGACGGCUUCAUGUUCCGCCAUCGCCAGUAAACCCGCGGCUGAGAUCAGCUGGUCCAUCGACAGCGACCGCAACGCGGACGGCUCCUUCUCCGUCUCCGAGACGACGGUGCUGCACCUCAACGGCACCAGCACGCUGACCAGCGUCCUGCGCUUCCCGACUCACCUGCAGGACAGGGCUGAGGUCACCUGUGUCAUCAGCCACCCCGCCCUGCCCAAGCCCAUCCUGGAGAGCGUGAGAGUGCAGACCUUCGUUGCGCCAAAUGUGACUAUUGAGACCCGGGGUGCAAGUGGAGGGGCGGACCUCCUCGAGAUCUUGUGCGUGGCGGCGGGUGGAAGGCCCGCCCCCGACAUCACCUGGCUUCUGCCUGGAUACGCACCUGAGGGCUCACCUGAGGGCUCGUCUGUGGUCCGGGAGCGCUGGGAUGAGCGGACCAACACGGUGACGGUGUUCAGUUCAGUGAGCCUCCAGGCGCACCUGCACGAGGGAAAGGACGUCACCUGCACCGUCACUCACCCAAAACUUCUCCAGCAGCUACAGGCGACCGUCACACUGCCCACAUACGAGUUGUCCGCUGUGAGGGUGUUCAGACAGGAGUCUGCUGAAAUGCACCCUGGGAGCGAGGCUGAGGGUCAGGUGGUGUUGACGGAGGGCCAGAGGAACGUGAGCAUCCAGGUGGAAGUGACUGGGAAUGUGCCUCGUUACAGAGUGACCUGUGGCAGGGAAAACGGUUCCCUUCCUGCAGGUAUGGAGGUGAUCGGGAGUGUGUUCCGUCUUGAGGGCCCAAUAGAGCCUCUUCAUGCUGGGCUCUACACCUGCCAGGCCUCCUACUACAGUCACAGACUAUCUGUGGCACUGGAGAUAGUGGUCACACCUGCGGUUGUGCUGCCAGCGGCGGCUCCUCCCAGCAUUAAACUCCAGACCAGGGAGGAUGUGGAUCACCGCAUCCUUGAGUGCUCGGCCUCCGAUGGCUUCCCGGCGCCUAAUGUGUCCUGGAGGCUCCCCGAGGCCCUUUCCGGAACCAUCCAGUCGAGUGCCGCCUCCCGGAACGGAAGCCACUCUGUCACCAGCGUCCUGCGCCUGCCCGUCUGCUCCUCUCAGGAGCACACGGUGGAGUGUGUGAUAGAGCACCCCGCGCUGGCGGCACCGCACACUCGACAGACCACACUGCGCGUGUGCGCGAGCCCGAACAUCACCUUAAGCUCCAGCUCUGUGUGGGACCAGGGCGCGGAGUACACGGAGGUGGAGUGCUCGGUGGAGGGAGGCGAGCACCGCGCCACCAUCUCCUGGAGCGUGGACUGUGACGACUGCGCCGGCGGCCUGGCAGAGAGCAUGAUGGGUAACCAGACCGGGCGGGACGGGUCUGGGACCGCCAGGAGCCUGCUGAGGCUCCCCACUCACCUGGUCGCCGGGCGGGUCGUGGCGUGCGUUGUGGACCACCCGGCCUUGAGGGCCCCUGACAGAAGAGAGAUUUGGGUCCCAUCACUCCCAGAGAAGGGGUCUCCUCGUUCCCAGACCGCGUCCCCCGUGCCCUGGUCUCCGGUCGCCUCCGUGGGGCCACUGAAGGCGUCUGCGCUGUGGUUGGCCGUCUGCGAGGUCAGUGGGGCGGCGGCCAACGUCACUGUGUCCUGGGUCCUCCCUGAAAAUAGCACCGGCCGAACGACCUUCCGCUCCGGGCACGAGGAGGGUGGAUUGUGGGCGAAGAGCACGUACGUGUUCUCCCUGGCCCGGCACGAGGGGCAGAACCUGACCUGUCUGACCCAGGAUGAGAACAGCACCAAGGAGACGACCCUCCACAUCCCCCAGUUCUAUAUCUCAUCUCUCGGAGUUCUCGACAAAACAACAUCGGCCCACCAGGACCUGGAGGAGGGCCCCGUCACGUACAGAGUGACCCUGCAUGCUCACACCCCUGGCCAGAGGGUCCUGCUCAAAGUCCACGGAAACGUGCCACAUUACCGCAUUACCUGCACCAGGAGCGACGGCUCAGCUGUGCGGAUGGAGGGCCGUGAGAUGGUGUUUCCACAGGAAGUGUCUGAGAGGGAGGUGGGCUUGUACACCUGCCGCGCCUUCUUCUACCACCACAGCAGCACUGUCCUCAUCCUCGUGGAGGUCACCAGCGAUGAACUCCAGUUCUGGAUGCUGGCUGUGAUCUGCGUCUCCGCCGCGGCUGCUGUCAUGCUCAUCCUCGCCGUGUCUCUCUGCGUCUUCUGUAAAAGAACUGACAGCGAUGGUUCCAGAUCAAAGGCGGCCCAUGGUAAGCGGGAGUCCCUGGCUGCGCUGACCUCCCUCAUGCAGGACCCGUCCUCCCCAGCUAUCUCCGUGCAGAAGCACCCCAAGUACGCCGAGCUGGUCAGAUACUCCAUCGUCAUCGACGUCAAGACCAACGUGUGAAUCCGAGGGCUUUCUGCCUUCCACACGCCCAGUGGGUUUUCUCCUUUGGUUGUGCCACUGAAAUACAGACAGUGACACGGGGGCACGUGAUUGGUUGCGUAGGGAGAGAGGCUGAGUUCACAGCAUCGAGCACUGGAGUGUGAUUGGUCAGCAGCUUCUGUGCCGUUUGUAACCUCAGGAGUUACUGAGGAGCAGUAGCCACCGCACUAGCCUGCAAAAAUCUGAUUGUUUGACAGAAACAGAGUUCAAAAUCACGGAGUUGAUGCACAUAGUCUAUGUGGACAUACUGUAUGGCAUGCCUCCUGUUUUUCCCGUACAUGACAACUUUGUGAGUAGCAUAUUUAGUUCUAAAGGGAUUGCUUUACCUCUCACAGACCAUUGUGAACUCAGCAUCUACAAAGCCUUGUUGGAACCAGGAUUAAUCCUGACAAAAAUAUGACAUAAUAAUUCCUCUUUACUGUGCUGAGAUUUUAUUCAAUGAACAUUUUUGCCUUACCUACCUGCAUUUUUGCUUUACAUACCUGCAAUUGCACUGCACUUACCAUAACAAUGCAGAGAAUAUGAGAGAAAUAGAAUAUAAUGAUUGUUUACUCUUUUUGUCCUUAUGUGCUUAUAUUUAGACAUUGCCGAAAACCCCAAGCAUUAUUGAUAGAUUUUUUUCAUAUUAAUCUGUACUGUAUUAUUUGAAAUAAAAAAGAAAAAAAGCAUUAUUGAUAGAUUUUUUUUCAUAUUAAUCUGUACUGUAUUAUUUGAAAUAAAAAAGAAAAAAAGCA